AUGCCUGCCAAACAAGGUGUCAAGCGGAAAGCGAAUGGGUCACAGGCGGCAGGGGUCAACGUGAAGCCUGACCUUCAGGCUCCAGAUCGCAACACGUGGACAGGAUGGGUUGAGAUGGAGUCAGAUCCGGCAUUCUUCAAUGUUAUGCUCAAGGAUGCCGGUGUGCGCGGCGUCAAGGUCCAAGAACUCUACUCACUGGAGAGCGACAUGCUCGCCAUUCUGCCGCGACCGGUCCAUGCCCUCAUCUUCCUCUUCAAGUAUCGAGCUCAGGACGAAGUGACGAAUGGCGCGACGACCUGCCCGGGCAAUGUCUGGUUCGCCAAUCAGAUUCCCGAUUUCGCCUGUGCCACUGUUGCUCUUAUCAACAUCGUCAACAACAUCCCGGGCAUCGAACUAGGUCCGGAGUUGAGCGAUUUCCGUCGCUCGACCUUGCAAAUGGAACAUAUGGCGCGAGGAGACGCGAUCGACAAAUUUGACUUUGUCCGACGGAUUCACAAUUCGUUCGCCAGCGAGACGGAGAUAUUGAAUGCAGAAAUGCACAUCAGGAAUAAACUGCUGCGCCCGCGUCAAGACGUUUACAAAACCAAUACUGCGGACGACCGGGAUGACGAUGACGAUCAAGCAGGGUUUCACUUCAUCGCCUACAUGCCCAUCGACGGACACGUAUGGCGAAUGGACGGCCUGGAUUACUAUCCUCAAGAUUUGGGCGCAUAUGGAACAGACUCCGCCGGCGGGACCGGCGAAUGGCUGGACAUUGCCCAGUCGUCAUUGGCCGUACGGAUGGCGCAGUAUCAGGAUGUGGACUCGUUCAACCUCAUGGCGGUCGUACAUGACUCUGCAAUGCAAGAUCGGCUCGCCCUUGUACAGAACGUCAUUGCGAUCCGUGCUAUCGAUGUGGCAUUGGACGCAGUGGUAGAAGACUGGCGGGAAAUGGACGAGGCGACGAUAUCGAAAGAAGUGCUGACAGGCCCAUCAGACGAGCUAGAGAUAUCGUCACAGGACAUCAUCAUCGCAGAAGUGGAGCAUCGCUGGCGAGAAUCCAUCACCAACGCUGCUGACGAUCUCUUCAAACUGUUGCAAUUGCGACAGAGAAUCAUCGAGCUGCAGGGCCCGUUGAGAGCCGCUGUUCGUGAUGCUGUGUCGGCGGAGAGGCGCGAUCAGGAGGAAGCGCGACAUGCGCGGCAUGAUUAUGGGUCAUUUGUGCGAGAGUGGUUGGGCGCAUUGGCGGCCGAAGGGUUGCUGAGUGGGUUGCUUGAGGAAUGA